UUCGUAUAAAUCUCGUGUUUUUCGAAAUCGAUAAGGAGAGAGAGCGCUGCGGAGUUCGAUCGAGAGAUUAAUGGCGAAGACGGAAUCCAUCUUCGUUUUUCUGCUAGCAGCUCUGCUAAUAUCGUCAUGGUUGCCCAUCUCUCAUUCUGCUAAGAAACCAGUAUCAGUUGCCAGAAAAGAAGACAUACCUUACAUCAAAUGUCAAGUUUGUGAAAAGUUGGCUCAUCAGCUAUACCACCAAGUCAAGAAUAAACAAGACCAGAUGUCUCCCAAGAAGGUCUCGGAGCUCCAGAUCAUCGACAUAUCAGAAAAUGUCUGUAAUUUGAAGAAGCAGGAAGCAGAUUGGAUUCUGCGAAUUGACAUCGUAGAGAAGGGGGAUAGGUUGGAGCUUGUUGAACAAGAUUCCGAAGGACAAUGUAAUUCAGAAUGUAAGACAGUCGAGCGAGCUUGCCAGGAGGUUAUGGGUUAUUCUGACACUGAUGUUGCGGAAUAUCUUUUUAAAGCAAAGCCUUCGAUUGAUUCAUUGGUAAAGUUUCUCUGCAAUGACCUUACAAAAGCAUGUGCAGUUGAACCACCUCCGGUUCCUAAGGAUAGGAGUCCAGGGGAACCUUUUAUUCCAAAGUCAUCCAAAGAGGCAGAAAUGGAAAAAAUAUUGAGAUCCAUGGAGGGUAUGCCAGGAGCACCAAACAUGAAAAUGUACUCAAAGGAAGAUCUGUUGAAAAUGCAGAAUUUUGGGGAUGAUGUCAAUGAAGAUGAUGACGGGGACGAUGAUGAUGGAGACUUUCCUUCUAAAUUGGGAAAAGUCUUGAGGGCCAAAGAAACCACAAAACCAGAUUGGAAACAGAGGAUCACGAAAGGAGUUGCAGAUGCAGGGGCAGCAUUGAAAACACAUGCAAACAAGAUGGCAUUCCGGAUACGGAGAUGGUGGCGAGGGAAGAAAAAGCACACCCUGAAAAAAACUUCAAAAGCCAAGGCUGAGCUUUAGGAGUAUAAAACUCCCUUCCUUGCAAGCGUUCCUGAUCUUUUUUUUUUUUGGGAAAAUUUUCCAUUUUCAGUAUUAAAUAUAAUUAUUUCUUGACAUAAAUUACACUGUUAGAGGAUUUAGAAUUCAAGUCAGAUUUUUUUUUGGGGUAGGAAGUCAGAAUUCCUGUUGCAAUGUAAAAUUAAAUCUGUUUAGAGAAUUAUACGAAAAUUUUCCAUAAUGGGGAUUGAUCUUUUGAGUUGGGACCGACUUUGUGACAAGCA